UACUGGAGGUCAGGAUCGCGUAUGUAACGUCCACUGCCAAAAGCUACGAAAGCGCCAAAAGCAGCGAGUUUAACGUGAAGCGACGCGCACGACUUUUGAACCCUUGCCCCCGCUGGGCCGAUGAGCCGCCAGCGGUGAAAGCAAAAGCUCGCGUAUAGAACCGAGGCGCCGCCGAACCCUGUGCGUCCGGUUUGUCCUACAAAGGCGCCGGGAGUUUGACAGCGGCGGGGACGCGAGUGCGCAGGCCUGACGGGUCAACGGGGGACACUACAUGAGACGAUAAAAAACGCGUGUGUUUGUUACCCGAGAGGAAAAGAAGCUCCACCAUGAGGAAGGACGUGAGGAUUCUGCUCGUAGGGGAACCCAAAGUGGGGAAGACAUCUCUGAUUAUGUCUCUGGUCAGUGAAGAGUUUCCUGAUGAGGUUCCCCGCCGAGCUGAAGAGAUCACCAUCCCAGCUGACGUCACCCCAGAGAGGGUGCCCACACAUAUUGUGGACUACUCAGAAGCAGAACAGUCGGACGAGCAGCUGUAUCAAGAAAUAUCCAAGGCAAAUGUUAUUUGCAUAGUUUACUCCGUCAACAACAAGAAGUCCAUUGAGAAGGUGACAAGCCACUGGAUUCCCCUCAUAAAUGACCGGACGGAUAAAGAUAGCAGGGUACCAUUAAUCCUGGUGGGGAACAAGUCGGACCUGGUGGAACACAGCAGCAUGGAGACCAUCCUGCCAAUCAUGAAUCAAUAUCAGGAUAUCGAGACCUGUGUAGAGUGCUCUGCCAAAAACUUGAAAAACAUCUCUGAGCUGUUUUAUUACGCCCAGAAGGCCGUUCUGCACCCGACAGGACCCCUGUACUGCCCAGAGGAGAAGGAGCUGAAGACCUCUUGCAUUAAGUCUUUAACUAGAAUCUUUAAAGUGUCUGACCUUGACAACGACGGAAUCCUCAAUGACAAUGAGCUCAACUUCUUCCAGAGAACGUGUUUUAAUAUGCCACUGGCACCACAAGCCUUAGAGGAUGUAAAGAACGUGGUCAGGAGGAACAUGGGAGACGGAGUCAAGGACAAUGGACUCACACUCAAAGGCUUCCUGUUCCUGCAUACGCUCUUCAUACAGCGAGGUCGACACGAGACCACCUGGACCGUGUUGAGAAGGUUUGGUUAUGACGAUGACCUGGAACUCACGCAGGAAUACCUGUACCCCAUGAUAAAGAUCCCUCCAGACUGCACCACGGAGCUUAAUCACAACGCUUACCUCUUCCUCCAGAGUGUGUUUGACAAGCACGACAAAGAUAGAGAUUGCGCGCUGUCGCCAGAGGAGGUGAAGGACUUGUUCAAAGUGUUUCCCUACAUGCCAUGGGGUCCAGAUGUCAACAACACUGUUUGCACUAACGACCAGGGAUGGAUCACGUACCAAGGAUACCUCUCGCAGUGGACGUUAACAACAUAUCUAGAUGUACAGCGUAGUUUAGAGUACUUAGGUUACCUGGGCUACUCCAUCAUCUAUGAACAGGAGUCCCAAGCCGCUGCUAUUACAGUGACGCGCAGCAAGCGGAUUGAUCUCCAGAAGAAACAGACCCAGCGCAGCGUCUUCCGCUGCAACAUUCUGGGGGCACGUGGUAGUGGGAAGAGCGGCUUCCUCCAAGCUUUCCUGGGCAAAAAUCUGCAGCAUCAGAGGCGGAUUAGAGAAGACCACAAGUCCCUCUAUGCCAUCAGCACAACCUAUGUGUAUGGUCAGGAGAAGUACCUGCUGCUCCAUGAGGUGAUGCCAGAUUUUGACUUCCUGUCAGAGGAGGACUUAGCCUGUGACGUGGUCUGCCUGGUGUAUGACAUCAACAGUCCAGACUCUUUUGAAUACUGUGCCAAAGUGUACAAGCAAUACUUCAUUGACAGCAAGACGCCAUGUGUGUUGAUCGCGGCCAAGUCAGAUCUACAUGAAAUACGGCAGCACUACAGCCUUUCACCGCACGAGUUCUGCCGUAAGCACAAGCUUCACCCCCCCCAGCCGUUCACGUGCAACACCACCGACGCACCCAACAAAGACAUCUACACCAGACUCACCACCAUGGCCAUGUAUCCUCACGCCCGUCACCGCUGCAUGUGUCCCUGCAACAGGUGCACCUAUUGCCUGUGUCAGAAACUCCUCAAGUUGGAGCUGCUGCGCAAUAUAAAGGCUCAACUCCGCAGGGUCGUUUUCAACAGGUUCAUACAUAGAAAUAGCUUUAGUGUUUUAACAUACUGCCUGCUGUCAGAGGAGGAUUUCAGCCUGACACAGCAGGUUGCAGCUGUCUCCAGCGUGGAGGGGUCCGUCUUUAUGGAGGGCUCUGCUGUGCAGCUAGUUCCCUCAGACAGACACAUGGCUCAGGCAGACCUGAAGAACUCCACCUUCUGGCUGAGAGCGAGCGUCGGUGCCACCGUGUUUGCCGUGCUGGGCUUCGCCAUGUACAGAGCUCUGCUCAAACAGCGGUGAUCAGACAGCAUGACACAGCUACGUCCCCCCCCCCGGGUCCCUCUGUUGACUUUGCUCAUCCCCUUCUACCUGAAAGACUCUCAAAGACUUGACUUACCAAACGACCAGGCUCAUCGCCUCAACCUCCUCCCGUCAUCCCCGAACAAGAUCAAAAAUCCUCGGUACAUUUUAUAUGCAAUUUAAAAAAAAAAAUAAAGAGUUUGGGUUAUUUUUUUUGUGUUUUAAUGUUGGGGAAAAGGUGGACAGCCUCAUUUGAAAUAUCACUUGUCAAUCACUCUGUUAAUGCUGACAGUCUGUGAUCUGUUGGCAAGUUCGGAUCAGAUCCUACACCAGCUCCUGGAGGUUUUUCGGCUGAUUCAGUUUGGUUUUCCCCCUCAGGUCAGUAUUAUGAGUUAGAUGGUUGGAGAGCAGAGAGAAGCAGCCAUACAGAGAAACACCACAAAGGGACGUGAAUCUGUUUUUAGUUGUGUAUAUGCAGUAUAUCAUGUAUGUAUUCCUUAAACAAUUUUAGGAGCAGCCCCGUAGACGGCAUCACAAGCCAGAAGCAACAGGGUGUUAGUACGAACAGCGCUACAUCUAACACUGGAAAAUGUCAUGCACUUGUUUAUUUUGCGUGUUAAUUUAUUAACCUGUUUCUUUAUUUUUUCUCGUCGGUUAAGUGCAUGAGAUGGAGGGACUUACAUUUUCUAUGUAUUUUUGUAUUUAGUAUUAUCAAAGCUGUCCUCGUGGUUUAUCAUUUAUGACUUUCCACUUCAUUUUUUUUUUUUUUUUUCUGGUUUUCAAAUAGAGCUUUGUCCCUCAUAUUAUAUUUUUAUGAAUUUAGAGGCACCAUAGAGCAGGGGUUAUGCUAUUAACAGCCAUUCAGCUCACCUCCUCCACCUUAAAACCAAGGAAGUGUUUCUCGUCAAUCUCUCUUCCGAACAUUUAAAAUGGAGAAUUGUAUCUGGUACAGCCGUACGUGGGUUCCGGACGAAACGACUGCUAAUUUAACAACAAAAUAAAGUGGUUUUAAAUAUCUGUAAUAAAAGACAUUUACACCCUC